AUGUCUAGAUCAGGCCAAGUCAAGAAUCGAGCCCCAGCGCCAAUCCAAAUAUCAGCGGAGCAAAUCUUGCGUGAAGCUGCAGAUCGUCAAGAGGCGCAUACGGUCGACCCAGUGGUUCAAAUUCAUGACGCAGAGGAGUACCAGUCUUAUCUUCGCGAUCGGCGAAAGCAUUUCGAAGAUAACAUUCGUUACAGAAGGGAGCAUAUUGGAAAUUGGGUGAAAUAUGCGCGGCUAGAAGAAGAACACAAAGAGUUCGAGCGAACCCGCAGUAUCUUUGAAAGAGCAUUAGAGGUGGACGGUCGCUCUGGAGAGCUAUGGUUGAGGUACGCUGAGUUUGAGAUGAGAAACGAAUUUGUGAAUCAUGCUCGCAACAUUUUAGACAGAGCAAUACAACUACUGCCGAGAGUUGACUUCUUGUGGUACAAAUACGUGUAUAUGGAAGAACUAGUUCGUGACAUACCGAAAUGUAGAGCAAUUUUUGAGCGUUGGAUGAAGUGGAUGCCAGAUGAUAACGCAUGGCUGAGUUAUGCGAGGUUCGAGACUCGCUGUGGCUCUCUUGAUCGGGCAGAAGCGGUGAUGAGAAGGUAUGUCAAUGCAUAUCCUUCAGCAAAAGCUUUCUUGAAAUUUGCCAAGUGGGCAGAGUAUGAGGCCAAGCACAUUGAUUUGGCGCGGUCGAUUCUCGAAGCAUGUCUGUCAGAAUUAGAACCAGAAGAGUCAAGGCAAGCACAUGUUUUCCAAAAGUUUGCUUUUUUUGAAGAGCGACAAGGAGAGUAUGAGCGCGCUAGGGUGAUCUACGAGCAUGCGAUAAAGCUAUUGCAUUUAGGCGAGGUCAAACCAAUGGAACUGGAUGACGAUAUAUCUCAGUGGGAACAAAAAAGACGAGAAGAGCUUUAUAAAUCUUAUCUAAGUUUUGAGAAAAAACAUGGUGACAGAGAAGGGAUUGAAAAAGUCCUGUUGGCAAAACAGCGAAAGCAGUACGAUAACCGUGUCGAGAAUAACCCGCACGAUUACGACGCUUGGUUUGAAUUUGCAAAACUAGAGGAGGAUGCAGGAAACAUAUCCUCGGUCAGAGACGUUUACGAGCGUGCAGUUGCACAAGUACCACCUUCCACAAAUAAAGACCAUUGGAGGAGAUACAUUUAUCUUUGGAUAUACUAUGCAACAUAUGAAGAGCUCUCCAACCAAGACACCGAUCGCGCAUCGCAAAUUUAUCAGACAUGCUUAAAAGUCAUUCCUCACAAGGAAUUUACCUUCGCCAAGAUAUGGAUUUACGCUGCCAAAGUUCAUGUCCGGCGCAAGGAUUUGGCAGCAGCGAGAAAGCUGCUUGGCAGGGCGAUAGGACUGUGCGGGAAAGAACAAAUUUUCACAGAAUAUAUUGCGCUUGAACUAUCUUUGGGGGAGAUCGAUCGUUGCAGAGCUCUAUACAACAACUACCUCAAGUCCAUGCCCCAUAAUUGUGUUGCCUGGUCAAAGUAUGCGGAGCUUGAAACGUCACUUGGUGAGACCGAAAGAUGCCGUGCAAUCUUCGAGCUCGCCGUCACACAGCCAACACUGGACAUGCCAGAGGUUUUGUGGAAAGGGUACAUUGAUUUUGAAAUCAACGAAGGCGAAGGCGACCAUGCUAGAAAAUUGUACGAACGUCUUCUAGAGAAGACGUCGCAUGUCAAGGUGUGGAUAUCAUUUGGGCAAUUUGAGGCAAGUGAGAUCGGACAAGGAAUGGGCAUCGCUCGUUCAACUUUUCAAAAGGCAUACGACCAGAUUAAGAACCAAAACCUCAAGGAAGAGCGUGUGCUUCUCCUUGAUGCAUGGAGAGCUUUGGAACAAGACAGGGGGGAUCUGGCGAGUGUGGAAAAAGUGGAGAAAAUGUUACCCCGUCGAAUCAAGCGAAAACGAAUGCGAAAGGAUUCAGGGGGCAACGACUUGGGAUGGGAAGAGUAUUUCGACUACCAAUUUCCAGAUGAAGGCCAGUCGGGAUCCUCGAAUCUCAAAAUCUUGGAAAUGGCUGCGAAGUGGAAGAAGUCUGUGGUUGACAGCAGCGAUGACUCAGAUGACGAGAUAUCAGAUUGA